AUGUCCACCAACGGUGAAAGCCCAGCACCCGACGCCGCCGGUGACUCUAGAGAUCCUAGCGGCUUCCUCAGUGAAAUCAUCGGAGCUCCCGUCACCGUCAAGCUGAACUCUGGUAUCAUCUACAAAGGCGACCUUCAGUCAGUAGAUGGCUACAUGAACAUUGCACUGGAGCGAUGCAAGGAGGUGUCUGAGGGACGCGUCACCCGGAAUUGGGGAGAUGCUUUCGUCCGUGGUAACAAUGUCACAUACAUCUGCGCAGACAAGGCAUGA